AUGCAAUCUCCUACCUGUGAUCGGUGUGGAAACAAUGUUGAGUCUGUUUCUCAUGCUCUUUUCUUCUGCAAGAGUGUUCAAAGAGUCUGUAAAGGUACGAUAUUUUAUGAUUACGUUUUUUCUUCCCCUCCCAGUAUUACUUUUCACGAUAUUGCUCAUACCAUAUAUGUUAAUUUAACAAAGGAGGAGGUAGAAUCCUUUCUCUGUGUUGCUUGGCUUAUUUGGAAUAAUAGGAACAGGGCUCUUAGAAGACAAUCUCAGGACCAGACUCAUGCUAUAGUGGACCUUGCAAAUUGUUUUUUGGUGGAAUACAAAUCAGUAGUUUCAACUCGGAACCCUCAAGCUUGUGCAAGCAGUACCCCCUCGGCCACUUCUUGGACACCCCCGGAUCCCGGUCGCUUAAAAUUGAAUGUGGACACUGUAGUUCCAAAUGAUCCUUCAAAUGUUGGAUUUGGAGGUGUCAUUCGAAAUAGUGAUGGUUUGGUGGUCGCAGCAGUGGCAUCAUCUUACGCAAAGGGAGGAGACAUCUCUACUUUGGAAGCUAAAUCUCUUCUCCUUUCUCUGCGUUGGUGUGUUGAAGAGAGCUUUCCCAUUCAUUGUGUGGAAACGGAUUGUAAAGCUAUCUCGGAUGCUCUUUCGCACUCUAGAGAAGAUCUUUCGUCUUUUGACGACAUAAUCAAUCAAAUUAGGGCAACUUUGUCUCUCAUCCCUGGAGCCUAUGUCACCCAUGUUAACCAGACAGCAAAUACGUUCGCGCACAAACUUGCAACCUGGGCUAAAGGGUUAGAUGAAGUAGAAAUCUGGAUUGGUGAUGACCCUUGUGAUUUGAGGAAUUUCCUUUCUGCUUAA